CCCGCAGGACCCGCUAUAUCAUAAUAAGAAUGCCAGGAAAGAGAAACUGGCAGUGAUAGGCAGUAAAGUUCGCGCAGUUUUGCCCAACGCAACAGAUGAGGACUGCAAAACUCGAUUCAUGUCUCUGCGGUCGCAUUUUUGUGGAGAGCUGAAAAAAAUUAGAGCCAGUGAGCAUAGUGGUGCAGGGGCAAGCGAAGUUUAUGAGCCUGCUGUGUGGUGGUUUAAUGCUUUGAAGUUUUUGAAGGACUACGUGACACCGAGGAAAACAGUGACAAAUAUCCCAAGCCGUAUGAUACCACAGUCACUCUCUUCAAAUCCAUCUAGCACGACCACUGUCAAUGACCCUUGUAAUACUGAGGUGACCACAGUUACUGAAGAGACCAUAGUAAAUGAUGGAUAUAUUGAAGAUGACAACAGCAAUGUAAGUGCAUAA